GAAUACAUCCCAGGCGGCGAUCUCCUUCAGCGCAUCCCAGCCAACGGCUUCCCCGAAAUGAAGUGUCUGCGCCUGUUCAUACAACUGGCAGACGCCGUACAGCAUAUCCACGACCUCAACAUCGUGCACCGUGACAUCAAAAACGACAACAUUGUGGUCGACGGUAACGGCAAUCUGCGACUCAUCGACUUCGGCUUUGCCACACGCGUGGACGAGGCUGAGCGAGUGGACUACUAUGUGGGCACCACACAGUACAUGUCGCCAGAGAUACUGUUGUACGAGGAGCGUCACAAGACGAAGAAGGAGAUGAUGUACCCGUGUGCCGUGCCCAGGCGGACGGUGGCGACGUCGGAUUUGGAUCUGAUGGCGUGUGAUGUGUGGAGUGCGGGGGUGGUGAUGUUCACCAUGCUGACCGGAAGGUGUGUAUUUGUGCCCCUUUUGGUGUAUAUGUACGUGUACGCCUGCGUGAGUGUGUUUUAGUAUCCUGUUAUACUUU